AUGUCCUCUAACGUGCCCAUUGCUCAUGGCGAUAUUACAGCACCGACUCCACAGAACACGCCAUUGACGCACGCUCCCAUCGCUGCUGGUCUUUCGCGUCCAACAGUCCCUGACAUCUCGGAAGAUAAUGAACCAGCCGAAGAUGAGACCGAAGAUCUUGCUCAGAUGACUGGUGCCCAGGCCGCGAUGUUGGGUCUUGUUCAAGGCCGCCUUGCAGAUCUCGUCGGAAAGAGCUCUGGGUAUAUCGAGAGUCUGCCUAACGAUGUAAAGAAGAGCGUAGAGGCUUUGAAAGGGGUUCAGGUCAAGCAAAAUGAGCUGCAGAAUCAGUACAAGCGUGAAUGCCUGGAACUUGAGAAGAAGUACCUUGAGCUUCAAAAUCCUCUAUAUGAGCGGAGAAACGCGAUCAUCUCGGGUGCUGCUCAAGCCACUGCGGAGGAGAUCGAAGCCGGCACUCAAGCAUCUCUCAAAGAUGAUCCCCUCUACACGCCACCUCCAAGCGAUGAAGCCGCACCAGCGGCUAUCCCAGAGUUUUGGCUUACGGCACUGCGUAAUCAUGUCGGACUCUCAGAGAUCAUCACGGAACGAGAUGCUGGUGCACUCAAGAACCUCAUUGACAUUCGGCUAUCGUAUCUUCCUAGCGAUUCACCAAAACCCGGAUUCAAGAUCAGCUUUAUCUUCAGUUCAAACGAUUUCUUCGAGAAUGACGUUCUUGAUAAGACUUACCUCUAUCAGGAGGAGGUAGGCUAUUCUGGUGACUUCGUGUACGAUCGCGCGAUCGGCACGGAGAUUAAGUGGAAAGAGGACAAAGACUUGACAAAAGAAUUCGAGAUCAAAAAACAAAGAAACAAGAACACAAAUCGCACGCGACUGGUUCGCAAAGCGCGCCCAACCGACUCAUUUUUCAACUUUUUCUCACCUCCCGUUCCCCUGCCCGAAGGAGCGGAAGAUGAUCUAGAAGAUGAAGAUCUCGAGGAGCUCGAGGAAAAAUUGGAGAUGGACUACCAGAUCGGCGAGGACCUCAAGGAGAAGAUCAUUCCGCGUGCCAUUGAUUACUUUACUGGCAAGGCCCUUGAGUACGACGUUAUGGAUGACGACGAAGAUGAAUUUGAUGAGCUGGACGAUGAAGACGAGGAUGGUCAGUUCGACGACGAGGUAUGA